GACUCCAGAGAGAGACUGAGCCGUGGUUUGGUUUCUCCCUGUCUCUUGCGAAGCGAUGCUGUCCCGCCGGCUCGCGCACGGCGGCGCUGCCGCGGCGAGGCUGCUGUGCGGGUACGCCGCGGAGGCAUCUGGCGGCGGAGGAAGAGGAGGAGGAGGAUCAGGCGGUGCGGGGGGCGGAGGAGACACGCUAGGGAAGCGGCUGCUGAAGCUCAUGUACCCGAAGCGGAGCGCGGUGGUGGUGCUGCGGCGGUGGACGGAGGAAGGCCGCACGGUGCAGAAGUACCAGCUCAACCGCGUCGUUCGCGAGCUCCGCAAGUAUCGCCGCUUCAAGCACGCCCUCGAGAUUUGCGAGUGGAUGAGGACCCAACCGGAGAUGAAGCUGCUUCCAGGGGACCAUGCCGUGCACCUCGACCUCGUCGCCAAGGUCCGGGGCCUGGCCAGCGCGGAGAAGUUCUUCGAGGACGUCCCCGAGCGGGCCAAAGGGCCGUCCACCUGCAAUGCCCUCCUUCACGCCUACGUGCAGAACGGUGUGCGGGACAAGGCGGAAGCCAUGCUGCGGGAGAUGGCCGAUGCCGGGUACCUCACAUGCGCGCUCCCGUUCAACCACAUGAUGUCGAUGUACAUGUCCAGCGGCGAGCUGGAGAAGGUGCCCGAGAUGAUCAAGGAGCUAAGGAGGUACACCAUCCCGGACCUGGUCACCUACAACAUAUGGCUGACCUACUGCUCGAGGAAGAACAGCGUCAAAACUGCGGAGAAGGUCUUCGAUCUGAUGAAAGAUGACAAGGUGUUUCCUGACUGGAUGACCUUCAGCCUUAUGGCUAGCAUUUACAUCAAUGCUGGGCUUCAUGUCAAAGGGCGGGACGCUCUGGUGGAGAUGGAGAAGAGGGCCUCCAGGAAGGAGCGAACCGCUUACUCAUCGCUUCUCACCCUUUAUGCAAGCCUGUCAGAUAGAGGGAACUUGGACAGGGUGUGGAGCAAGAUGAGAGAAAUCUUCAGAAAGUUCAGCGACACCGAGUACAAGUGCAUGCUCACUUCACUUACAAGGUUUGGUGAUAUCACAGCAGCGGAGAGUGUUUACAGUGAGUGGGAGUCGGAGUCAGGAACACGCGAUUCGAGGAUCCCAAACACGAUCCUUUCGUUUCAUAUCAAGAAUGGCAAGAUGGAGAUGGCCGAGAGUUUUCUUCAACACAUUAUGCAAAAAGGAGUCAAGCCCAGUUAUAGCACUUGGGAGUUAUUUGUCUGGGGUUAUCUAGGCAAUGACGAGAGGAUUGACAAAAUUCUUGAGUGCCUGAAGAAAGCCCUGUCAAGUUUAGACAAAUGGGAGCCAAACCCUCAACUCGUCGCAGCACUGUUUUCGCUGAUUGAGAAGAGAGGUGACAUUGAAGCGGCAGAGGAGCUUCUUGUUGUGCUUCGAGGAGCGGGGUAUGUCACAACAGAGAUAUAUAACUCAGUCCUGCGCACCUACUCCAAAGCUGAGAUGAUGCCUCUGAUAAUAGAUGAGCGAAUGGACCAGGAUAAGGUCUCAAUGGAUGAGGAAACUAGGGGGUUGUUGAAAUUGACAAGCAAAUACCCAAUAGGUGAAGUUUCCACAAUAAUGUAAUAAGUUGUGCUUGUGGCUGAAGGGAUGUUCCUGUUCCACGAUGCCAUGUGGUGUUGAUAUGCGUAGUCAUUGCUCUUGUGGAUUACAAAUUUUAAGUUAAAUGGCAGGGUUAAAUUGUGAGAUGAUAAUAUAGAGCUUGCGCCCGAGCAAUUGACUGUUUGACCCAAUCUUUUUUGACAAACGAACAAAGCAAAAUAUGGAUCUGGUGUAUUUUACAAAAGUUACAUUUGUAUAUAGUUCGACCAUUUUUUAAGCACAA